ACAUCAAUGCUGCAAGUGAAACAACAACAGAAACAAUUAAUAAAAACCAACAGAAAGAAUCUGGUCUUCGAAAGAACCCAGGACUUCUUCACUACAUACAAGAAGUUCAUGAUUGUAGACAUGACAAACAUCUCAUCCAACCAGUGCCAGACCAUUAGACAGGGCCUGAGAGGAAAGGGAGAGUUUUUAAUGGGAAAGAACACCACCAUUAAGACCGCUCUGAAGAAGAUAUCCGAGAAUGUUCCAGAGCUGAAGGAUGUAGAGAACGUCAUCAAGAACAAUGUCGGAAUAGUUUUCACCAAUGGAUCUCUGAGCGACAUUGAGGACAUCUUUGAAGCCAACAAAGUGCAUGCAGUUGCCAAGCCAGGAGACUUAUCCCAGUGCGACGUAUGGAUUGAGCCAAUUGCAACCAGCUUAACCCCAGAAAAGACUGGGUUCUUCCAGGCUCUUGGAAUUGCCACCAAAAUUACAAAGGGAAAGAUUGAGAUUUUAUCAAAGUGCCAGGCCCUUUACGAAGGAAAGAGAGUAGGUCACUCAGAGGCAGCACUUCUUUCUCUUCUGGGAGUCACUCCUUUCAUCUACAAAAUGAAGGUGCUCUACGCAUACUCUGACGGAAAGUUCUUCGACUGCGAGUAUCUGAAGAUAACCCCAGAGUCUGUUGAGACAAUGGUAAAGGAGGCAGUCAGCACAUUAGCUGCACUUGCCCUUGGAGCAGGCUACGUAACAGAGUCUACAGUCUCCCAGGAGCUCCAGAUUGGAGCAAGAAACAUCAUGGCCCUUGCAGCCGCUGCAGAGUACGACAUGCCCGAGCUCGCAUCCGUUCUCAAGAAAUAA